GCCUGGCCUGCGAGAACAGACAGAGAAAAAAAUAUCUUUCAAAAAUUUUACUUUUGGAGAGAAUUCCGAUAGACACAACCGUACAAAACAGUAUAAUGUUCUCCAGGGCAGGCUCCCAUGGAGCUCGAUCGACAAUAUGGAAGGCAGCAUUAGCCUCUAUAGCAUUAGGCGGUGCAGCAUACUACUAUAAUGAGCAUUCUCGGUCGCAUGGCAUUUUGGACAAUGGCCGGUACAUUCCACUUAAAGUCCACUCUCAAUGUCAAGUAACGCACGACACGUGGAAGCUUCGACUUGAAUUGAAGAAAAAACCUAGAUCAUUCCCUGUGCCGUCUUCAGUGUACAUCAAGGAUGAUAGUAUUCAAAUCAUGCGACCGUACACGCCCAUUAAUGACCCCUCGGUGGACGGUCACAUUGACCUGCUGGUGAAGCGAUAUGAACAGGGGUCGAUUUCCAAAAUGUUGUGUCGCUCGAAGCCUGGCGAGGAUGUAUUUGUGCGAGGACCCAUGGUGGAAUUCGAAUACCCUACAGCUGCCUAUAAACACGUUGCCAUGAUUGCUGGUGGAACAGGCAUCACCCCCAUGUAUCAGCUGAUACGACACAUUCUGUCAGAUCCCAAAGAGUGUCAAACUAAAAUGACCUUGAUCUACGCUAACAAGACGGAACAAGAUAUAUUAUUGCGAAACGAACUUGCAGACCUCGAGAAACAACACCCCGAUAGACUCGAUAUUCAUUAUACUUUAGAUCACCCAUCUGAUCAAUGGCGGGGAGAUCAUGGUUAUGUAUCGUUGGACAUGGUUCGCAAACAUUUACCAGUGCCUAGCACCAACGGCGCGCCCAAUACGGAUAUAUUUGUUUUUGUGUCCGGGCCGGAAGCAAUGUUACGACAUGUAAGUGGAGAUAGAGCGCGAGACUGGAGCCAAGGCAAGGUACAAGGACUGUUGAAAAUGAUGGGUUAUGACGAAAAUCAAGUGUGGAAGUUUUAGAAUAGAGUGAGCUCAUGUGAUAAACCAAGCAAGAAAGAGUGUGCACAAAGCGUAUAGAAUUUUUUGGGCUGGCUGGGUCGCAUGUGAAUAAUAA